AUCGCGUACGUCUCCCUUCGAUAACAGAAAAUAUGGCGGCUGAGUGUGGUUACGGAACACGACUGUGCAGGGACUGAGUGACAUUUCCCCCCCGGUGUCAGUGAUCUGUCGGUCGGAUCUCGGCGUGUCGGUUGUCAGGAUGGCUCACCGCUACCUGCGGCUGUCGGCGGGCUGCCGGAGCCUCGGCCGGAUCCUGCUGCCGGCCAGAGCCACGGCGCGCUGCUACCGACUGUCGGCCAUGUUGGAGGACGGCAGCGUGCGGGCCGUGAGCCCGGCGGCGGAGGCACGGCAGGGCCUGCUGGGCGAGCUGCUGGGAGCCUACAGGAGGCUCUGCUCCAGGCCACCCAAAGGGUUUGAGAAAUAUUUUCCUGAAAGUAAGAAAACUCCGAAAAGCAGCGAAAGCAACACAGCAGCUAAAGAGGCCAAACCUGCCAACGCUCAGAAAGCCUCCGGGAGGUCUGGAGGAGCAGGAGGAGGAGGAGGAGGAGGAGCAGGAGGAGGAGGGAAACGUGGAGGCCGCAAGGAGGAGACUCACUGGUACACCCGUCUGCAGAAGGGUGACUUCCCCUGGGACGACCGGGAGUUCCGGAUGUACGUCCUGUCUGGGGCGGCGUUCUGGACCACCGUCGCCUACUACUUCUUCUUCAGGGACGGAGGCAGAGAAGUCACCUGGAAGGACUUUGUCAACAACUACCUGUCCAAAGGAGUGGUCGACAGGCUGGAGGUCGUCAACAAACGCUACGUCAAGGUCAUCUUCUCUCCCGGGAAGACGCCGGUGGACGGGCAGUACGUGUGGUUCAACAUUGGCAGUGUGGACACGUUUGAGAGGAACUUGGAGACGUGUCAGUACGAGCUCGGCAUCGAGGGCGAGAACAGACUGCCGGUGGUUUACUCCACCGAGAGCGACGGCACCUUCCUCCUGAGCAUGCUCCCCACCGUGCUCAUCAUCGGCUUCCUGCUGUUCAUGCUGCGGCGGGGCCCGGCGGGGGCGGGGCGUCCCGGCCGGGGGAUGGGCGGGCUGUUCAGCGUCAGCGAGACGACGGCGAAGAUCCUGAGGGACGAGAUCGACGUGAAGUUCAAAGACGUGGCGGGCUGCGAGGAGGCCAAGCUGGAGAUCAUGGAGUUUGUCAACUUCCUGAAGAACCCCAAGCAGUACCAGGACCUGGGCGCCAAGAUCCCCAAGGGCGCCAUCCUGACGGGGCCUCCCGGCACGGGGAAGACCCUGCUGGCCAAGGCCACGGCGGGCGAGGCCAACGUGCCCUUCAUCACCGUCAACGGCUCCGAGUUCCUGGAGAUGUUUGUGGGCGUCGGCCCCGCCAGGGUCCGAGAUCUGUUCGUCAUGGCGAGGAAGAACGCGCCCUGCAUCCUCUUCAUCGACGAGAUCGACGCCGUGGGACGCAAACGAGGGCGAGGAAACUUUGGAGGGCAGAGCGAGCAGGAGAACACGCUGAACCAGCUGCUGGUGGAGAUGGACGGCUUCAACACGGCCACUAACGUGGUGGUUCUGGCCGGAACCAACAGACCCGACAUCCUGGACCCGGCGCUGAUGAGGCCCGGCCGCUUCGACCGGCAGAUCUACAUCGGACCCCCCGACAUCAAGGGCCGGGCCUCCAUCUUCAAAGUCCACCUGCGGCCUCUGAAGCUGGAAGCCGAGAUGGACAAAGACGGUCUGGCCAAGAAGAUGGCCGCCCUGACGCCCGGCUUCUCCGGUGCCGACAUCGCGAACGUUUGUAACGAGGCGGCGCUGAUCGCCGCUCGCCACCUGUCAGACGCCAUCAACCAGAAACACUUUGAGCAGGCCAUCGAGCGAGUGAUUGGAGGUCUGGAGAAGAAGACCCAGGUCCUGCAGCCGGAGGAGAAGAAGACGGUGGCGUAUCACGAGGCCGGCCACGCCGUCGCCGGGUGGUUCCUGGAGCACGCCGACCCCCUGCUGAAGGUGUCCAUCAUUCCCAGAGGCAAGGGCCUGGGUUACGCCCAGUACCUGCCUAAAGAACAGUACCUGUACACCAAGGAGCAGCUGCUGGACAGGAUGUGCAUGACGCUGGGCGGACGCGUGUCCGAGGAGAUCUUCUUUGGUCGGAUAACCACCGGAGCCCAGGACGACCUCCGCAAGGUCACCCAGAGCGCCUAUGCACAGAUUGUCCAGUUUGGGAUGAACGCCAAGGUGGGCCAGGUGUCCUUCGACCUGCCCAGGCAGGGCGAGAUGGUCCUGGAGAAACCUUACAGCGAAGCCACGGCUCGUCUCAUCGACACCGAGGUUCGAGCCCUCAUCAGCGAGGCUUACGAGAGAACCAACAAGCUGCUGACUGAGAAGAAGGCCGAGGUGGAGAAGGUGGCGCUGCGGCUCCUGGAGAAGGAGGUGCUGGACAAGAACGACAUGGUGGAGCUGCUGGGUCGGCGUCCUUUUGCCGAGAAGUCGACGUACGAGGAGUUUGUGGAGGGGACGGGAGGCGAGGAGGAGGACACGUCGCUGCCCGAGGGCCUGAAGGACUGGAACCAGGAGAGGAGGGACAAGGAGGAGACGCAGGAGGAGCAGGUGGCCCGCCAGAUCUCUGGAGGCAUGCCUUUCUAGAACGUCUCCGUCCCCGGGCCGCCUCUAGAACCUCCUCUCCAGCAGGUUCCACCAUAUCCACUCCAAGAACUUUCUCUUCUUCAUCACCGGCUUUUAGAACCCUUUCAGUUUAGAGGAGAUCUAGAACCCCUUCACAGGGUUACAGAACCCCUUAGCAGAGCUCAGAAACCCUCUCAGAGUUCUAGAACCCCUUCUCAGGGUUGUGUAACCCCUGUAGGAAUUCUAGAACCCCUUUCACGGAGCUGCCGAAUACCUUUAUCAGAGUUCUGGAAUCGGGUUCUGGAGCACCAGAGCCCGGACAGCGAUACAGACGUCUGGUCUGUAUGUGCUGGUGGACUGAGGCAUGCUGGGACGGGACCGGGCCGGAGCUUUGGUUCCGUCGUGAGUUGGACCGGCCGGUUCUCCUGUCCGCCUGAAGGAACGCUGACAGCCUGACCUGCUGCUCUGGUGUUUCCUCACUCUGGUAGAACGUUUUCUCACCUGGACUGACAGGUGAAACGUGACGGACAUCUAGAACUGUUAGAAGAAGUUCACUGACCACAGAGGGAAAUAAUGAUCAGCUGGCUCGCUCUUUGCUUGUCUGUAGGUUUUUACACAGGGUCUUCAAGUGGAAGUUGGCACUACGGGUGCCUGGAGGGGCCAGUGUCGGGACUGAAAAUGUUCUAGCAGAGUGAAACGGCCGAGGGAAGGACGGACUCAGACUGAAGUGAAACUCCAGCGAAAAGCAAAUUGACGAUAAUUUAUUGGAGUGCGGUCGAUAUUUAUACAGAUUCAGGCACGUCGUCGGUGAGCGUCGGUGUAGAAGUGGAGCGUAGAGCAAUAGAAGCAGAUUUCUGAGGAGAUGAAUGAAGGGAAAUGGCUUUAGAUGACAGCAGCUUAUACAGUAUUCCUGAUUCAGCCACCAGUCCAGCUGAACAUGCCAUCAGGUCAGAUGGUUUUCACGCGGCGCUUCAUUAUCGAGCCUCUCGUCGGCUGCAGGUUCUCUUUAGUGCGUCAGUGGAUCUCAGUCAGCUGUUUGAUGCUGUACAGUUCAUCCACACGGCGCCGGCAGACGACUCCGUUAAGGAUAAAGACUUGGAAUAUUUUUAUCAUUCUGUCAACUCAUAUCCUGCACAGCACAGACUUCAGAUCAGACUUUAAGCGUUAAAUACUGACGGGGACACUUCUGUCAGGUCAGGAAGUGGACGGUGUUUAAAAACACGGUGUCCUCAGAGCUCGCCUUCCUCCUCGCUCCUCAGACCAAAAGGCCUCUGGUCUCCGGAAAACAUCGUCGAGUCGAAAUCAGACCAAACUCCGUCAUGCAAAAUGAAGAAAUUCUUUCUUUCCUCGCUUUAAUCUGUUUCUGUUUCCUACGUAGGGUUUAUACGCUCCCUUCGCAGCGAGUGAUGGAUUUUUUUUUCUUGUCAUGGAAAACAGCAGAGGACAACUUUAUUAAAACAUCUCUCUCUGUCAUUUUAAAAUGCAACUUUAUCCUGUUUCUGUUUUAACGCGUCCACACAGGAGUGUUUUCAAAAGUCUCUGAAGAAUCUUCACCAGAACAGAAGAACACAUCGUUCUUCAUGAUCAGUUGUGUUCAAAAUAAAUUGUGUGUGUGUGUGGAUGCAGGGAGUUUGGGUGUGAUGUCUGAAGCCUUUUAGUCUGAGGAGCGACGCUGAAGCCGAGCUCUGAGUUUGUCCCCACAGGGCCACCGUACACCGUCUGCAUCACCAUGGAAACAAAUGUCAGUCUCCAUUGUGGACUGACUGAACCCUAACCAUCAGGAGUCUGUCCCCGUCAGUUAUUGAUUACUUAUUGUUCACUUAUUAUUGAUAGCAUGCUCUGUAGGCUUGGCACCUCCUGAUAAUCUGCUGCGGUCAGUUUGUCUCUCCGCUCCGUCAGAAAUAUGACUUUGCCAAACAGUCUGGAUGGAGCCGAUGCUGCUCUGCUGCUGCUUCGUGGGCUCUGUCAGUGUAAACACGCAACAUGAUGUGUAACAUGAUGUGUAACAUGAUCUGUAAUAUGAUCUGUAACAUGAUCUGUAAUAUGAUCUGUAAUAUGAUGUGUAAUAUGUGUAAAUGUGUGCAUUGUUUCAUGGUGAGAAUGUUUUAAUAAAGUUAUCAAACAAGA